AAUCUGAGAAGGAAGGAGGAAGAGAGAGAAACAGAGGGAAAAAGCAAAUCACAGAAAAGGAAAGGGAGAAUGAAACCUCAACACAAGAAAAGAGAACGAAAAUGGGAAGCAAAUUCGAAGAGGAGAGAGCAGGAAGAGGGAGCAAAACUCUCCUCGUCGCGCCACGUGGCGGGGCUGGAGUGGUCGAACGCCUUGGAGGGUUCAACAAGAACAUCAACAACAACACACCACGCCUUCUCUCUCUUCUCUCUCUCUCUCUCCUGCCAUGUCAGAGUGUAACCCCGUCCCAUGGGGACUAUGACCCCGGCGAUUCCGUAUUGGGAGUAUGCUUUCUCUCUCUAAACAAACACUCUUUCUCUAUCUACAAAGACAACAUCAACAACACCAACAACUAUCUUUUUAUUUUCUCUCUCUCUCUCGCUUUCUCUCUAUUUUUCAUUUGUCUGCCCCCCCUCCUUUCGUUCCUCGCUCGCUUCUAUGCCCUAAUCUCCCAACCACUGUCUACUUUCCAUUUCCCAAUCUGAUGCAAUCUAUUUGAUUCAUGCUUUUUGAUCCACCUGCAAGAUUGGACCUUUAUAUGAAUAAUGAGGGAGAACAAAUCAUCAAGUAAAAUGAUCAACAGAAACUGGGUUUUAAAGCGCAAACGGAGAAAACUUUCAUUUGAACAAUCCAAUGGUAAAGUAGACAAUUCAAUAUCACCUGAUUCUUCUAGGAACGCCUCAGCAAAACGUUCGCUAAAGACUGAAGUAGCUACUGGUCAAGCUUCCUCUAAGAAGAAAGGAAAUGAUGGGUAUUUCUUUGAAUGUGUGAUUUGUGAUCUUGGUGGAAACUUAUUGUGCUGUGAUAGCUGUCCUCGCACAUAUCAUUUGCAGUGUCUUUCUCCACCUCUUAAGCGCAUCCCUAUGGGGAAGUGGCAAUGUCCAAGCUGCUCUCAAGGAAAUGAUCGACUGAAGCCCAUAAACCACCUGGAUUCAAUUGCAAAACGAGCCAGGUCAAAAGUUGUCACUGCAAAAGCAAAAGAUGGAGUUAGUUCACUUAAUAUAGGCAAAGUAUCCCAGAUAUUUGGUAGCACACUAAUAUCAAGGAAAAGGUCUUCCAGCAAAGGCAAAUCUAUUUCAAAUGGGGGAGACAAGUUCUUAAGAAAGGAAUUGUUGUCUUCUCCAGUAGAUGUAACUAGUAUUAACAAGCCAAGUGAUCCAUCUCUUGGGAUUUCGAUGGAGGGAACUUCAUCGUGCGCAGAUGCUGGUGAAGAAAAGAAACCUAACACUCCCCCAACAGUCUCUCCUGUUGAUAGGAAUUCAACCUCAACUGCUGACGAAGUUUUGUCAACUCCUAAAAUUACUAAUUUAGAUGCAGAUGAUCAACAGGUGGGCGGGAAGCCUGAUUUAUCUUGUGAUGACAUGCCUCCAAGAAAACAACUUGUUCUUGGAAUUGCUGCUGCUGGGGAAGUUAGAAAAAGGAAGCAUGAGGCUAAUAAUAACAUCAGUAAAAAGAAGUUCAAGAUUGAAAAGGGUAAAUCUACUGGCAAGUCUUCUAUGAAGGGCAAAUCCGGAAAAAAUAAAGUGCACAAGAAGCAGAAGUCUGUAAACAGUAGUGUUUCUGCAUCUUUAUCAAAAGAGGAAGUUGGAAACAAGGACUCUCAUGCUGAGCUUAAAGAUGAGAAGUUUCCUCAGGCAAAGAAAAAUAAAGUAUGUGAGCUUGAUAAGGCAGUAAGUCAUGUGGAUGAAACUCUAAUACAUGAGGACAAUACUGUCGGUGAAUCUCUUCAGGUUGAUCGAGUUCUAGGGUGUCGAGUUCAGGAUAAGAACACAAAUUCAUCACAGAGCUUAUCUGUGGCUGUCAUGGAUGAUCUACAUUCUCAUGAUCUGCCAAUCCCAGAAAGUGGAGGCACUCAAGAUCUGCCAAUGCCAGAAAGUGGAGACACUCGGGAUCUGCCAAUCCCAGAAAGUGGAGGCACUCAGGAUCUGCCAAUCCCAGAAAGUGGAGGCACUCAGGAUGCGCCAAUCCCAGAAAAUGAAAACAGACUAGAAGAGAAUAGCUCUGCUUGUGGUAAUGCUGUGAAUGUUGAAACUGCUGAAACUAUCCCAGAUGAUUGUCAAAAUGUUGUCAAGAUUGCUGAUAAAGAAAGCUUGAAAAACAAUAAUAAAGGGGAACGACUUAAUGUGUACAGAAGAUCAGUGACAAAAGAAAGUAAAAAAGGCAAUCCCAUAAAUUCAUUGAGUAAAAGUCCAGGUGAUUUAGAUUGCAGUGCCACAGAUAGUAAAAAUCAUGAUGAUUCUGCAGCUAGUGCUGAGUAUUUAACAAAAACUAAUGACAAGAUGGAGGUUGUGGAGGAUGUCAACGCUACUUCAAGAGGUGAGGAUAAUAGUGAGCUUCUGAAAAAUUGUGAAGCACAGGUCUCUCCCAGAACCAAACUGAAAGAGGUUAAUUGUGAAGCACAGGUGUCUCCCAAAACCAAACUGAGAGAGGUGGAUGUAGAUGUGGGAACGAGUAGCACUGUUGCUACUAAAGUUCAGAAAGCUAAUGUGGCUGAACCUUCCAGUCUAAAUCAGGAGAAAGUCUUCUAUGAAUUUUUGGUUAAGUGGGUAGGAAAAUCACAUAUUCAUAAUAGUUGGAUUUCUGAAUCCCAGUUGAAACUUCUUGCAAAGAGAAAAUUAGAAAAUUACAAGGCUAAGUAUGGGACAGCGAUAAUAAAUAUCUGUGAGGAAUGUUGGAAGCAGCCUCAACGGCUGCUUGCCAUCCGGACAUCAAAAAAUGGAACAUCAGAAGCAUUUGUAAAAUGGACUCGACUCCCUUAUGAUGAAUGCACUUGGGAAAGCUUAGAUGAACCUGUUCUUCAGACUUCUUCGCAUCUACUUGGUCUUUUUAACAAAUUUGAAACCCUUGCCUUGGAAAGGGAUGCAUCAAAGAAUAAUUCAACUAGGAAAAACAAUGACUAUCAAAAUGAUGUAGUUAAUCUUACAGAACAACCUCAUGAGCUAAAAGGUGGUUCUCUGUUUCCCCAUCAGCUUGAGGCUCUGAACUGGUUGCGAAAAUGCUGGUGUAGAUCCAAAAAUGUGAUACUUGCGGAUGAAAUGGGGCUUGGGAAAACAGUAUCUGCUUGUGCCUUCAUUUCAUCAUUGUAUGUUGAAUUUAAAGUUGUACUGCCUUGCUUGGUCUUGGUCCCACUUUCCACAAUGCCUAAUUGGCUUGCUGAAUUUGCAUUAUGGGCUCCAGACUUGAAUGUUGUGGAAUAUCAUGGCUGCGCAAAAGCAAGAGCCAUAAUUCGCCAGUAUGAAUGGCAUGCUAGUGAUCCCAGUGGAUUGAAUAAAAGAACUGCUGCCUAUAAAUUUAAUGUUCUUUUGACUACAUAUGAAAUGGUGCUGGCUGACUCUUCUCAUUUGCGUGGAGUUCCAUGGGAAGUUCUUGUGGUCGAUGAGGGACAUCGACUGAAAAAUUCUGAAAGUAAGCUUUUCAGCUUGCUCAACACAUUCUCUUUUCAACAUCGUGUACUGUUGACUGGUACCCCUCUCCAGAACAACAUUGGUGAGAUGUACAACUUACUCAAUUUCUUACAACCGGCGUCAUUUCCUUCUCUUUCUACAUUUGAGGAGAAAUUCAAUGAUCUUACAACUGCUGAGAAAGUUGAGGAAUUGAAAAAACUGGUUGCACCUCAUAUGCUUCGUAGGCUAAAAAGGGAUGCAAUGCAAAAUAUUCCACCCAAGACAGAAAGGAUGGUUCCUGUUGAGUUGUCAUCUAUCCAAGCUGAAUAUUAUCGUGCCAUGCUGACAAAGAACUAUCAGAUAUUGCGAAAUAUUGGGAAAGGGGUUGCUCAGCAGUCUAUGCUUAACAUUGUGAUGCAACUUAGAAAGGUCUGCAAUCAUCCAUAUCUCAUACCAGGAACUGAGCCUGAUUCUGGAUCAGCUGAGUUUCUUCAUGAAAUGAGAAUAAAGGCUUCGGCCAAAUUGACUCUUCUGCAUUCUAUGCUGAAGAUUUUACAUAAAGAAGGGCACAGAGUCCUUCUUUUCUCACAAAUGACCAAGCUACUAGACAUCCUAGAGGACUAUUUAAGUGUUGAAUAUGGGCCUAAAACUUAUGAGAGAGUGGAUGGCUCUGUUUCUGUGGCUGAUCGUCAAGCAGCAAUUGCACGCUUUAACCAAGACAAAAGUCGAUUUGUGUUCUUGUUAUCCACUCGAUCCUGUGGUCUUGGGAUAAAUUUGGCAACUGCUGACACUGUCAUUAUCUAUGAUUCUGAUUUCAAUCCACAUGCUGAUAUCCAAGCAAUGAAUCGUGCACAUAGGAUUGGACAAUCAAAUAGGCUUCUGGUAUAUCGGCUUGUUGUUCGUGCCAGUGUUGAAGAGCGCAUCUUGCAACUUGCUAAGAAGAAGCUGAUGCUUGAUCAGCUUUUUGUAAAUAAGUCUGGAUCUCAAAAGGAAGUAGAGGAUAUUUUAAAAUGGGGUACUGAAGAACUCUUCAGUGACUCUCCUGGUCAGAAUGGGGCAAAUGGAAAUGAUAAUAAUAGCAACAAAGAAGAGACAGUUGUAGAUAUUGAACACAAGCAUCGGAGGAGGACUGGUGGUCUGGGAGAUGUAUAUAAGGAUAAAUGUACAGAUAGCAGUAGCAAGUUUGUGUGGGAUGAAAGUGCAGUUUUAAAAUUGCUUGAUCGUUCAAACCUUCAGGAUGGAUCAAAUGAUGUUGCUGAAGGAGAUUCUGAGAAUGAUUUGCUGGGUUCAGUUAAGUCCCUUGAAUGGAAUGAUGAACCGGCUGAAGAACAAGGUUUGGGUGAAUCACCUCCUUGUGGAACUGAUGAUAUCUCUACACAAAAUUCUGACAAGAAAGAGGAUAAUAUGGUGAAUGGGACUGAAGAAAAUGAAUGGGACAGACUACUUCGUGUGAGGUGGGAGAAGUAUCAGAAUGAAGAGGAAGCAGCUCUUGGUCGAGGAAAGCGGCAGAGAAAAGCUGUUUCUUAUAGGGAAGCAUAUGCUCCGAACCCUAGUGAAACAUUGAGUGAGAGUGGUGAUGAGCAGGAAAGAGAGCCAGAACCAGAGCCUGAGCGUGAAUAUACACCAGCAGGACGGGCCCUAAAAGCAAAAUUUGCUAAGCUUCGUGCUCGGCAGAAAGAACGACUUGCAUGGAGGAAUGCAGUUGGUGGAUCUCAUCCUGUUGAUGGACUCCCUGGAACUGAGUCAUUCCUUCAAUCUUCUGCCAAUGCAAAGAGUGCUGAUCUUGGAACUGGACCAUCAAAUCUAGUUGGGGAUGGCCCUGUCAAUUUAGAGGAGAACAAAUCUGAUAUGCUUUCAGAAGCUCCGAAGAGCUACUCUGAUUCCAUGUCAAGAAUGGGCAGGCUAUCAAAGCACAUCAUGAGCAGUCACAUUGAUGCUUCUGUCAAUAAUCCAGACCAUUCUCCACCUCAGUAUAAGGGGCUUAACACCACAAACUCUAUGGCAACCAGCAACUUGUUACCUGUUCUAGGACUUUGUGCUCCUAAUGCCAAUCAGGUGAAAUCAUCAGAAAGCAAUCUUCCUAGGUUAAAUUGGAGACAAAAUAGACGGGGGACCAGACAGGAGUUUCCAUUUAGUCUUGCCCCUUCCUCUGGGACAACAUCCAUGGAGGCUGAGGUCAGAAGUCAAGAAGGAGCAGCAAAUGCUAGAUUACCAGAUUCGCUGGCGCAUAUUCUGCAGGAGAGUUUCAGGAAUAGAAUCCCUGAUCAUAGUCUACCAUUUGUUCCUUUUCAGCCAGCUUUGCAAGGAAAGGAAUCUGAUGCACUUGAAGGGGCUAGAUUCUCUGCUUUCCGGGAGAAGAUGGCCCUGCCAAAUCUUCCAUUUGAUGAAACGUUGCUAGCCAGAUUGCCACCCACAACUAAGAACAUGCCAAAUUCGCAUCUGGACCUUUUACCUAAUCUGUCUCUAGGUGGUAGCAGCAGCAGAAAUGACGCUUCGAGUGGCCCAUUACAAGACCUUCCACCGAUGCUCUUAUUACCUAAAUUCAAAAUUCCCCCAGAGGACUUGUUCAGAUUUAAUCAGCAAGAUGUGGAUGUGCCCCCCACUUUGGGUUUGGGCCAGGGCCCAACAUCCACAUCGUUCCCAGAAAACCAUAGGAAGGUGCUUGAAAACAUAAUGUUGAGAACUGGGUCUGCCUCAAGUAGCAUGUACAAAAAGAAGUCAAAAUCAGAUGGGUGGUCUGAAGAUGAACUUGAUUGCCUCUGGAUUGGUGUUCGUAGACAUGGAAGAGGUAAUUGGGAUGUUAUGCUUAGAGAUCCCAAGUUGAAGUUUUCAAAGUAUAAAACAUCUGAAGAUUUGGCGAUGAGGUGGGAAGAGGAACAACUCAAGGUCUUCCAGGGGCCAGCUUUUCCUGUGCCAAAACUGGCCAAGAUGUCAAAGUCUACUAAAUCAGCCCUUUUUCCCCUCUCUGAUGGAAUGAUGGAAAGGGCCUUGCAUGGGAGCCGGUUUAUCUUGCCGCCAAAAUUUCAAAACCAUUUGACUGACAUGAAACUAGGAGUUGGUGAUCCUUCAUCCAGUUUCUCACAUUUUAGACCGCCAGAUCGACCUCAUUUUCAAAAUGAUCAUUUCACACCUCUUCCUUCUUUUAAUCACGAUAUAAGCAGAGCAAAAUUUCCCAUAGAUGCUUCUGCUGAGCCAUCUGAUAGACCAGGGACUUCUUCCUAUGUACCUGCCGAGAGGCCAUUUUUACUAGAUUCUUAUGGAACCAGUUGCUUGGGUUCUCUAGGUUUAAAUGGCUCAGGAAGCCUUAAUAGGCAACAAAAUGAGGAUCAACAUGGCACCAGUAAACUUGAAAAAUCACCUGGACUUCUUGAUGUGUCUUUUAAUGAUAUGCUUGAUACUCAAAUCAAUGCAGGAAAUGGUGAAUCUACUAGCUCUGUGUUUCCAUCUAACCCUGUUAAAGGAGCUGAACCGUUGACCUCAAAAUGUGAAGAAGGAGUUGGAUGUAGUACUUCAAAAGACAAGCUUCCCCACUGGUUACGAGAAGCGGUCAGCUCCCCUGCUAAACGCUCUGAUCCAGAACUACCACCCACGGUUUCAGCAGUUGCUCAAUCAGUUCGCUUGGUUUAUGGAGAAAAUAAGCCCACAAUACCUCCAUUUGUGAUUCCUAGUCCACCUCCUUCCCUUCCAGAUGACCCCAGAGGUAGUCUGAGAAGAAGGAAAGUUAAAAGAACUCAUAAGUUCAGUCAGGUCCUGCCAGAAGUUGCUGGGGACAUUAAUGACCUCAGGUCCUACAAGAAGAGGCAUGGAAAAUUUAGAAGAUCUAGGUUCCACCAGAGGGGCCUUCCAGAUGUUGCUGGAAGCAGCAAUGACGUCCUCAGUGACCUCCACGUGGAUGACAAUGGUGCUUCAUGCUCAACUCCUUUGGUCCCACCUCUACCUCUCCUUCCGCAGACAGGACUUCAGCAGAUUGAAUCUGGCCUCAAUUCAUUAAACCUGUCGCAGUCAUCGACAAACCAACUUAGAAGAACAAGUAGCUUAGGACUUUCUCCUUCUGCUGAAGUGCUUCAGCUGGUGGCGUCCUCUGUUGCUCCAGGUCCACAUGUCUCAUCCAUUUCUGGCUCUUCAAGAUUUCCUGAGGGCAAGCUUCCAUUGCCUAGGCCUAUUAAGCCGGCGAAAUUCAAAACCACCGAAGGUGCCUUUGGAAAUAAGAUGCCUAGGCAGACUUCACCAAAAAUUUUGGGUACACAUGAGGAGCAGCAUAAAGUAGAGCACCCUGACAGUGGAGAUUCCAGCAAGACUCAGUCAGAUCCCUCUAGGACUGAACGGCCUGAACCUGAUGAAGGGGAGGUAUCAUCUGAGGGGACGGUCUCAGAUCACGGUUUAAGAGAUAAGGAAACAUAGAUGUAGUGUCUCAGAUAGAAAUUGAGCAAAAUAUAAGUUCACGCUUCUAAAAGCUCUUCACCAUUGCGCUAGAAUUUUUGUAGGUAUUAAGACGAUGAGUGAACUAGAAAUUACAGGGUGGUUGAAAACGUGUAAAGUUUUCGUCAAGGAAAAUGAAAUAUAGCGUUCUGUUUGGUAUUUCCUUUUUUGUUUCUGGUAUUACGGUAGGGUAUGAUUUUCAAAGAAAUCGAAAUCAAGUUAAUGAGAAAAAUGUCUUUUCCU